GCUGCUGUCAUAUAAAAAAACCAGGCAGUCGAUUUUCUAUACUGAGUUUUGAAUAAAUAAUCGACUGAAAAUUAUAGAAUAAAUAUUUUCGAUAUCGCCCCCAAAAUGGCUUCAUUAGCUUUAACGGGGCAUUUUGCUUCUAAAAUAAUACCUAAACAUGGAGCUAUGGGCAUUGUUUACGUCAACUCUGCCCAUUACAGUUCAGAAGUCAAGCCGAAUUUAGCUGCUUACAAGCGAGGUACAGGUGGACGUAGCAGUUUCAACGGCAUUGUAGCAACCGUCUUCGGCUGUACUGGCUUUGUUGGUAGAUAUGUGUGCAAUAAACUUGGAAAAAUAGGCACUCAGAUGAUACUUCCAUACAGAUGUGAUUUUUAUGAUGCUCAACGUCUGAAAGUUUGUGGAGACUUAGGACAAGUACUCUUCACUCCAUUUGAUAUACGAGAUGAAGAAUCUAUUGCAAAAGCAGUACGUUAUUCCAAUGUUGUCAUCAACCUUGUUGGAAGGGACUAUGAAACUAAGAAUUUUAAAUACAAGGAUGUACAUGUAGAUGGUCCUCGUCGCAUUGCAAGAAUCUGUCGUGAAAUGGGAGUGGAAAGAUUAAUUCAUCUUUCUUAUCUGAAUGCUUCAGAGAAUCCCAAACCAUUAGUUCUUAGUAAACCAUCCAUGUUUAAGAUAAGUAAAUACCAAGGAGAGUGUGCAGUUAAGGAAGAAUUCCCAACAGCUACAAUAAUCCGUGCUUCAGAUAUCUAUGGUUCAGAAGAUAGGUUCCUAAGGACUUUUGCAUCUGGCUGGAGAAUCCAUAGUCAAUGGCUACCCUUAUACAAAAACGGAAUGGCUACAAUUAAACAGCCUGUGUUUGUAUCUGAUGUGGCACAAGGUAUUGUCAAUGCUGCACGUGAUCCUGAUACUAGAUGUCAAAUCUAUCAGGCUAUUGGACCAAAAAGAUACCUGUUGGCAGACCUUGUUGACUGGUUCUUCAACCUCAUGCGCAAAGACAAAGAAAAUUGGGGCUUCAGACGUUAUGACAUGAAAUAUGAUCCUAUCUUUCCUCUCAAAGUUGCUCUGGUGAAUAAGAUUUCGCCAGCUUACCCCUUUGGAAAUUUACACUGGGAAGCUAUUGAAAAGGAAGCUACCACUGAUGUAGUUCAAAGUGGCGUACCGACUUUAGAAGACUUGGGCGUGUGCCUCACCCACAUGGAAGAGCAAGUGCCAUGGGAACUAAAGCCUUUCAGAGCCUAUCAAUACUACAUGGAUAAAGUUGGGGAAUUUCCCAAGCCUGAUCCACCCAUACCCCAACCAUGCUAAAUUAUUGUAAUUGAAAUUAUGAAUACAUCCAAUAUUAC